UUUAAUCAAUUGUAAUCAAAACACACACUUUUUACGUUAAGAUUUAAACAUGUCGUACCCAAUUAAAUAUUUGUCACUACAAAAAGCUGAGCUUGAAUAUGAGGUGAUCCUUAGAGGUGGUUCAACUGGUUCGGUGCAGGACCUCCGAAGCCAGAUAGUAAAAUUGGCCAUACCUCCUGAGGACAUUUUGGAAUCACAUUUAGAGCCUGCGGUUGACCUUGAUGCUGUUAAAGACAGUCUAACAAAAUCCCAAACGAUGCUAGCAUCCCUCAAAUCUAAAUUUGAUAAGACCCUGUUCUUGCGUACCGAAAAUCUACUACACCACAUAUAUCACAGAUUAAGGCGUAUCUCAAACGUUAGUGCCACGUUGGUUGACCAGCACAAAAAUUAUUGCACUACCUUUAACAACCAAUACAAAGAAAUUACGACGUUGAGACCGGCAUCAACCUCAAAUGCAAAUGCAGUCUCAGUUUUGGAACCUGAAGCUACGGCGGUACUCCACUGUGAUCGUAACCUGACUUCUGACUUGGCAAAACUAAAGUACUCUGGAAAAGCCUGCGUUUUUUCUUUCAUUCAAAGAGUUGAAGAAUUCGUAGAGGUUAGGAAUAUAUCAAAGGAUCGUGUAUUGAAGUUUGCCUACGAGAUUUUCACUGAUGACGCAUUACAUUGGUUCCGUUGCAAUAAAGAAAGUUUUCAAAGCUGGGACGAUGUCGUCGUCCUAUUAAAAAAAGACUUUAGUCCAAAGAAUUACGACUAUCGCCUGACUAAUGAAAUAAAAUAUCGUACGCAAGGGGAACAAGAAAACAUUUCUAUUUACUUGUCUAUUAUGCAUGGCAUGUUUUCGCGAUUGGUUAAACCGUUGUCUGAGGAAGAAAAACUCGAAAUUAUCUUACAUAACAUCCGGCCAUGUUAUGCCAGCACCCUAGCCGCUUCACCUGAGAUCAAGGACCUAAAGACAUUAAAAACCCUUUGCACAAACUAUGAGGACAUUCAGUCACGCUUAUCCUUGUUUCAUGAACCGCCUAGGGUGACUUCUGAGACUCUAGCCCCAGAAUUUGCCUACACUAAAUAUCAUAAAAAUAAUAUCUACUACACAAAUAAAAACUACCAAAAUACAAAUUCAAAUGAAAAACAGAAAAACUACUAUAAUCAAAACAAAUAUCCUAACUACUCGAGCUCUUACAACUACAACAAAUCUAAAACUACAGAGGAAAAGCCUACUACUACUAAUGCUGUACAAGCGAUAGCAAACAGUACAAAAAAUGUCAACACUGCUAGUAACUCGCGUAAGUACUGUCCUAGGUGUCGCACUGAUACACACUCUUUGAAAGAAUGCAAACAGCCACACUUCCCUAUCUGUUUUAAAUGUGGUAAUAAAGGUGUACGCUAUCCUGAUUGUAAAUCCUGUAAUCCUAAAGAUGCAAAAAACUAAAUUCAGUGGAUUGUAGUGUACAUAAUCUUUCUAAAAAAUCUAGUGAAAACUUUAGUGAUUCAGAGUGGAAAUCUUGGCUCAACUUCAUAUCUAAAUUUUUCACUUGCUAUUCAGUCACUGCAAUCCACGAUUCAGAUAAUAUACAUAACAGACCGUAUGUCUCAGUUCAGAUUAAUGGUAAAACUAUCCAUGGUUUGUUAGAUACGGGUAGUGGUUAUACAAUUCUAGGUAAUAACUAUCAUAAAGUUUUCUUGGAUGCGGGUUUCAAGCUCAACAGUACGGAUACGAUAAAUUUAUUCGCAGCUGGCAGGCAUAGACUAAACAAUAUUGGUAUGAUCAAUCUGCCUGUCUCGUUCUUAGAUCAAACCCACAUCUUGAAGGCCUACGUCGUACCAGAAGUCGAAAACUCCUUGAUAUUAGGCAUGGACUUCUGGAGAAUUUUCGAAUUGUUUCCUAAAAAACUAGAUUCCGUAAUUUUACCUAGGGAUGUUGAUAAAUUAGCCUCUCUAUCACUAGACCCUCAACCUACACACUUAUGUGACUAUGAUCAUCUUUCGCCUGAGCAAAAAGUUACGGCUGAUCAUAUCACUGCGCAGUUUCGUAACAUUUCAUAUGAAGAACGUGGUCUAGGCCGCACUUCUCUAAUUGCUCACAAUAUAGAUACCGGUAAUGCUGUUCCUGUUCGACAAAGAUACUACAGAAUGUCUCCUGAAAAACAAAGAAUACUAAACACUCAGCUUAAUGAAAUGUUGCGUGAAAACGUGGUAGAACCUUGCGAGAGCCCUUGGUCGUCCCCUGUUCUGUUGACACCUAAAAAAAAUGGCGAAAUGAGAUUCUGCUUAGAUAGCCGUAAAUUGAAUGCAGUUACCAUCAAGGAUGCUUACAGUAUUCCAUACAUUUCUGAGAUACUCGACAAUCUGCGUGACGCUAAAUAUCUCUCUAGUUUAGACUUGUCAAAGAGUUUUUGGCAAAUUCCUAUUAAGGAAGAAGACCGGUGUAAAACGGCGUUUUAUAUUCCUUCGUGUGGUACCUUUCAGUUUGUUUCUAUGCCCUUUGGCUUAACCAAUGCUCCAGCGACGCAACAACGACUGGUUGAUAUGUUGUUCUAUGGGCCUGAUUUUGAGCAUAAAGUCUUUGUCUACAUCGACGACAUUAUCAUUGUCUCAUCGACCUUUGAAGAACAUAUCUCCCUAUUAGUUAGAGUUCUAGAGAAACUUAAAAUGGCAAACUUAACCAUUGGUUACCAAAAGUGUCAAUUCUUCAGAAAUAGACUGAGUUAUUUAGGAUAUGUAGUAGAUGGAAAUGGACUACAACCGAACCCAGAAAAGAUUGAGGCAAUCAUUAACUAUCCAACUCCUACUAAUCGCAAGGAAGUUCGUCGGUUUAUUGGAACGGCAUCAUGGUAUCGCCGUUUUAUUCCAAAUUUCAGUUCUAUAGCUGCACCUCUAAAUAAACUUACUUCACAAGCUAAAAACUCACCCCCUUUUAACUGGUCUACCGAUGCUGAAGUCGCCUUCCGUACGCUAAAGGAAGCCUUAGUAUCUUCUCCUAUAUUGUCGUGCCCGGAUUAUACGCAGCCGUUCCAAGUGCAUACAGAUGCGAGCGAUUACGGCGUGGGUGCGGUCCUGACACAGGUCAUAGACAAUCAAGAGAAGGUUAUAGCGUACAUGAGUAAGUCUCUCUCUAACCAAGAGCGUAACUACAGCGCAACAGAACGAGAGGCACUUGCAGUACUUAUAGCGAUUGAACA